AUGGAUAAACCGCCAUCACCAUGGAAAGUUCCGACAAGUGUUUCUGUGAAACGUACCCGUCGUCCAUUGAAUAUUGAUUCCUCAUCCUCAUUAUCUCCUGCUACUUGUCAACCUCCACAAACGAAACGUGCUCGUUUAAACAAAUUUGCUUUAUCUCGUUCAGUAUCGACACCAACCACUACAAACGAUGAAUUACAACCAUCAACAUCUCCACAACAAUCAGAAAAUAUCAUAACUAGAUUACAUCAUCCUACAAUAUCCUCAUUUCAUACCGUUAAUUCUUCAAAUUCAUUUUCAUUCGAUGAAUUUACAAAAUUAAACGAAGAUUCAUUUGAUGAAACCACCAAUUUGAAAUCUACAUCAAUAUCAACAUUCACUUAUCCGCUCGAUUGGUCAUUAAAAACACAAUGUCGCUAUUUUUCAACACAAUCGUUACAAUGGGCAACAAAAUUACGUUCACAAGAUGAGACACAAGCAAUAGCUGCAUUAUAUUUACGAAAAGUCCCCAAAGACCGAAAUGUCUCUUAUGACUUUAUCAUUUUUCCAGAUUUUAUUGAUCAAAUAUCGAAAUCAGACGAAUUUUUAUCAUCAUUGGUUGGCGAUAUCGAUAGCAUAAAAUCGAGUCUGUUGCGUUCACUUGCAUCGUAUUGGAUGUAUCCAAGUUUAUGUUGGUUAAAAUUAUUUCCACGUCAUUCGACAAUGGCAACCGAUCGGAACGUACUAGAACAACAUUCUUCAUCAUUAUCAAAUAAUCCACCAUUAGAUGAAAAUAUUCAAAAACAGUUACAAGAUGAAUGGAAACUAACAUUUCAAUCAUUAUAUCAAUUAUUUCGAUUACAAAAAUGUCCCUAUUUCUAUAUGUGUACACAUCAUUUUAAUUGUCUAUGGUUUUUUAAUAAACAUUUACAAAAGUUACAAACAUGCAUUAGUCCAACAACAAUUGGAUUUAGAACAACAUUAAGUAAAGAAGGCAUUGAUUUCACAUUACCAUAUGCUACAGCAACAAACAAUAUCAUCAAUGCAAAACGAGCUCCACUUCAAAAAUUUUCAUCAGUUGAGAUUGACUCAUCAUCACCAUUAAAAUCAUUGAAUGAAAAUGGUUUUGAUGAUUCGGAUGAUGAAAAUGAUGAAAUGUGUGUCAAAUGGCUUCAAAGUAUGGGUAUAUCAUCAGAUGAUAAAAAUAAAGGAAAAUCAGAUCAACAUCAAACAACAGAUAUUCUAUUUAAAAAAUUUCAAUCAUUUGAUUCAACAACUCUUUCAACAACAACAAAACAUGAUCAUCGAUUAAAAUCAACAAUUCUUAUUGAUAGUGAAAAUAUCAAUAGUUUAUUUAAUUUUUUUUUAAAUAAAUUUCAACGUUUAUGUAUUCAAUAUACAGGUCAAUUAGCGGGUAUUCCACCUACAUUAAUUUCACCUUAUCCAUUUUUGAAUUCAACAUUAAAAUAUUUAAAUAUUUAUACAACAUCACUUACACAUGAUAAACAACAACAGUAUACAUUAGAAAUUAAUAAUGGACCAAUACUUCCAACACGAAUGAAACAAAUAUGUGAAUUAUUAAAUAGAAUAAAUCAACAAUAUCAAAUGAAAUGUACAACAAGUGAACGAACAUCAGCAUUUAAUUUUGGUGAAUUAAAUGGUGAUGCAAGAACAAUUCAACAAUUAAACUAUGAUCAAAUUCAACAUGUCUAUCAAAUUAUUCAACAACAAGAUUAUAAAUCAAUCUGCUCUUAA